AAGCUAUUGGCCAUUUGAUAUAGAACACCUUCGCCCAGCUCAGCAGUAUUUGCGACACUUGCAAUCGCAUGCCAACUGCAACGCUUCCAUUAACAAAUCGUAGCAAAGUGUAAAAGAAAACACCCAAACUCAUACCCACAAACGCCGGAACGAAAAUGCGGUGGGUCAAUUGCAUUCAGUUGCGAACUAACUACCAACGGUGGCAGCCGGAGUGCAGAAUAACCAUAAAUCGAUUACACUUCAUAAAACAACGGUUUAUAAAAAUGUCACGGAGACAACAAACUAAAAGUGAAUUUGCAUUUCCCACUGUAAUUAAGUGCCUGAUCGGUGUCAUGAUAAUGGCAUUGCAAAUACAUACCAGCCUUGCGUGGCACUUGGCGCAGACCGGUCUCACCGAACCCUAUCGCGUGCGCCACCUAGCGCUCUACUAUACACGUGUCUUCCUCUGCAUUAGCGUGGAGAGUGAGCUAUUUCCCACGUUGAUCGCCACCAAGUGGCCGGAGAAUUAUGUACCCCUACAGAGCGCAAUUUAUCCGCAUCGUUUCGCACACGCGAAUGGUAAUCGAAGUGAUUGUGAAUUGAUACAGAAGGCCAUAUGGACGCAGGUGGAUAAUUUAGGACGGCUAUGGGUAUUCGAUGCGGGGUGGGAGCCCAAGCAAUCGGUGUCCGAGGGGGAGGCGGAGAAAGCGAUGAAAUUUUGUGCGCCGAAGUUGUUGGUUUAUGAUUUGAUACGCAACGAUGCAGAGGUUUUGCGCAUCGAUUGCAGCCGCUAUCUCACACCGAAAGAUAGUGAAAAAUUGGUCAUCAAAUUGGGUCCCAGUCCGGCGUUGUGUAAAGUGGAAAAGUAUGUUUACUUCCUACGACCCGACGACGCACACAUACUCGCUUACGAUAUAGUGGAGCAGAAGUGGCGACGCCGCGCGCUGCUCAGUCGCAAAUUCCAAGGCAUAAUUGAGGCGCCAUUUCCAAUUAAACCGAUCGACAUCGCUUUCGGCCAGCAACGUGAGCUACUCUUUGCCGAUGCGGAUGGCAAGUUGUAUGCAACGCCGAACUCGCAAUUGAAAACGAAAACGAAGGAAAUCAAGGAAAUCACAAAUGAUUUGAAUGCGAAGCAAUUAGAGCUGACGGAGUUGACGGCGGACGACGAGCCGAAUGCAAUUGAACUGGAGUUGUUAGGCAGUUUGCUAGGGCCCAGCAAAGGUAUGAUGAUGGAUGCGCGCACGGGUGAGCUCUUCUAUGCGGUGCCGAAGUACGGUGCAAUUGUGCGUUGCGAAUUGCAACGCAACUUGACGGCCGAAGACAAUGAGAUCGUCUACUUUACAUCGAAGAAUAUACAACAGAUAUUCUUUGGCUUAAGUGGUGCGGUGUGGUUGUUGACGGAUCGGCUGCUGGAGCCGGCUGAUCAUUGUUUUGCGAAUAUUUGAUGAAAGCGAGCUUAUAUAGUAACUAAAUCAUUUUUUAUAAUGAAAAAUACAGUUUUUUUAGUUUUGUAAGAUUAAGAUUUUUUACUUUAAAAAUCAUUUUGUAUUUUUUUACUUCAGUUAAAUUAUUAUUUUUUUUUAAUGAUUACACAACAGAUUCUUAAAUGUUUUUUUUCUUCGAUUUGGUCUACAUAUAUAUAUCAUAUAUAGUAUAAACUAAUGUGUACAUAUGUAUGAGUUUAUGUAUGCUAAGUAAUUUUUAUGCAUAAAAUAUUUAGCUAGAAAUGGGCAAAAACUUCAUUUUAAAUUAAAAUGUAUUCAUUUGAUUUUUUUUUUUCAAAUUUUUCUGUUUCAUACUGUUUUUUAUUAAAACUGCUAAUUCAAUUUAUAGGCAAUAAAUGGCAACAUUAUGCAUUUGAAAGUGAAUUGAAAAAUUAUUUAGCCGAAAAUUAAGUAAUAUUAAAGAGUAAAAUGUAGAAAAAAAACUUGUUUCAUAUUUGUGACAAGAGUUGUAAAGAAGUACUUAGAUAAAGAUGUGUGGCGUACAACUUUCUACUUCAAUUCUAGAAGAAGAGUAUUAUGUUCCUGUUGUUGCACGCAUUGACACAGCAGUUUUCCUGUAUUUCAAGCAAUAGCCUUGGUUUACAUGUUAAUACAUUAAACUAAAUGGUCUGUUGGUCAUAUUACCCGGCUUAACUUUGUUCGAGUUAAUAAUAAAUCAUGAAA